CAAACACACUCCCAGCACACAGACUGAACUCGGAGGCUAAGCAAAACCCAAAAGUCAGAGCCCAUAGAUCACUUUGGCCACCCCCUUCUUUAAAUCUCUGCUGAGACUAAGCAUUUGACCGUGCUUCGACUUCUCCGCUCACGCCUCAUUUCCCCAUCCCCGAACUCCUGUCUUUGAUUCCCAGAUAGAAUCCAACUUUGGGUGACUAUGCCGACAGCAAGACUUCCAUUGCAGUUCACAAUUGCAUCUCCCAGCCAACCAAAGAUUGCAUUUUUCAAGAACCCGUCAUCCCCAAGAUCAUUCCAAAGGACAGUCUCUAUAUCAUUUGGCGGCAUGAGAGCUGACCGUUUCAGAGCAAAUGCUACAUACAAAGUCAGAUUGGUGGGUCCAGAUGGAAAAGAGACUGCCUUAGAUGCACCUGAUAAUACUUACAUCCUCGAUGCGGCCGAGGAAGCAGGAAUAGAUUUGCCUUAUUCUUGCAGGGCUGGUGCAUGUUCCACCUGUGCAGGAAAGGUCGUCUCCGGGAAAGUUGACCAAUCUGACGGGUCUUUCCUUGAUGAUGCCCAAAUGGAAGCGGGGUACGUGUUGACAUGUGUUGCGUACCCGACUUCAGAUUGUGUGAUUCACACCCAUAAGGAUAGUGAUCUUUACUAGGAGAUUUCACUCAUUAGGGUGUUUCCGUGUUCUGCUAAAUGCUUGAUCUUGGAGAUGAGCAUUCAAUUCUGCGUUGUUCCCUCCACUUGGUUCAAGUGAGUGAGUGAGACUAUGUAAUGCCACCCUAAUCUUUUGUAGCAUAAUGCUAUUAUUCAUGAGAACAACUGGAGUAUGAAAUUGUGUGUUCUAUGUUGAACCGUGUUAUUUAUGGUCGCC